AACAAGGCCAACGCCGACAGCCAACCUUCCUGCCCCCCGUCGCAGUCUACACUAAAAUGACGGACUCGUACGCUUCCUCUCGCACAAACGGCGAUGUCUCUCCCUCGCCAAACGGCAUGGCCAACGGGUCCAAUCCAUCUCUGGCGACGCCUGCCGGUCCCGCUGGCAUCUCGCCAGUAUUGCGGAAAAAGCUAAUGGGGUAUGUCGGCUUCGCAAACCUUCCGAACCAAGUGCAUAGGAAGAGUGUAAGGAAGGGGUUCCAGUUCACUGCGAUGGUUGUCGGUGAAUCGGGUCUUGGCAAGUCCACUCUCGUCAACACGCUGUUUGAGACACAGCUGUACGCACCCAAGGAGCCGCCUCCUCCCAGCGCGGAACGGCCGAAAACGGUCGCUAUCGAGAGCAUAAGCGCCGACAUUGAGGAGAACGGUGUCCGCCUUCGUCUCACCGUGGUGGAUACUCCUGGUUUCGGUGAUUUCGUUAACAAUGACGAUAGCUGGAAGCCUAUUGUCGAGAACAUCGAAUCCCGGUUCGACUCCUACCUGGAGCAGGAGAAUCGUGUAAACAGGGCCAAGAUUGUUGACAACCGCGUUCACGCUUGCCUGUACUUCAUCCAGCCCACUGGUCACUCCUUAAAGCCCCUUGACAUCGAAUUCAUGCGCCGGCUUCACAACAAAGUUAACCUGAUUCCUAUCAUCGCCAAGGCGGAUACCAUGACGGACGAAGAGGUCGCGGAGUUCAAAGCCCGUGUGCUCGCGGAUAUUGCCUACCAUAACAUCCACAUCUUCGAGGCGCCAACGUACGAGAACGAGGACGAGGAAGCCAUAGCUGAAGCGGAGGAAAUAGCGAGCAAGAUUCCGUUUGCAGUUGUAGGUUCCGAUAAGGUAGUGGAAACUCCAGAUGGUCGUAAAGUCCGGGGUCGUGCCUACCCUUGGGGUGUCGUCGAAGUCGACAACGAGGACCAUUGCGAUUUCGUUAAACUGCGGCAGAUGCUCAUCCGGACGUAUAUGGAGGAGCUCCGGGAGUACACCAACGACGUUCUCUACGAGAACUGGCGUACAGAGAAACUCCUCAGCAUGGGUAUUGCACAAGAUCCUUCGGUCUUCCAGGAAGUCAACCCUGCUGCUAAGAUGCAGGAAGAGCGUAUUAUGCAUGAGGCCAAGCUCGCGAAGAUGGAGGCUGAGAUGAAGAUGGUCUUCCAGCAGAAAGUCCAAGAAAAAGAGGCGAAACUCACGCAGUCCGAAGAAGAGCUUUACGCCAGGCACAAGGAUAUGAAGGAGUCGCUCGAGAAGCAGCGCCUUGACCUCGAGGACAAGAAGCGCAGAAUCGAGAGUGGUCGGCCACUUACACCUGAAAAAGGCAGCACUGGGCCGAAGAAGAAUCGCUGGAUACGUCCUUAAGCAGGCCGUACCUGAGCCAGCGACCGUAUACCGUAAGCUUGUCGUUGCUGGAUUUCGAGUCGCCUUUGUGCAUUAUAGUUUCUCUUGGUGUCUUGUCCUGUAACCCCCCGUACAGUACCUCAUCCCUUACUGGGCAUCUCCGCUGCAUUGCUUCCCCUCUCCUUCCUCUAUCUUACCGCCUUACGGACGAUAAAACCACACUCCUUUUAACAUGGAUAUCCGGGCGUCCAUGUCGCCCCUCGUCUCUCAGUCGAUUUUGUCUAUAUUAUGUCCUGCAUGGAGUUUUUCAGUUAAUGAUGGGUUUUUGAUGACAUUCUGCUAUAUGCUCGAGUGACCUGUAGUAAGCGGAAGCUGCAUAGAGGGUGUG